UAUUGGCUUGAGAUUCUUCGUGCCUUCUUCUCCCCCAUUAACUUUUAACCCCCCUCUCUCUUUUAUAAAUAAAGAUCUCAUUUACAAUGGCAAUGACUGCACUUGGAUUGCACGCUGCCAAGCGUGCUUUGACAACUACCGUUGCACCUCAAGCAUUGUCUGUCGUGUCGAAGCGUGCUGUUUCGACCGAAGUUACUCGAAACAUUGACGAAAUUAAAGACGUUGCUUUGAAGCCCAAUAACGGCGCAGAAUACAUUUUGUCGACGGUCGAUCGCGUUGUAAGCUGGGCUCGUGAAGGUUCCUUCUGGCCCGUGACCUUCGGUUUGGCAUGCUGUGCUUUGGAAAUGAUGCAUUGUUCGACACCUCGUUACGAUCAGGAUCGUUUCGGUAUUAUUUUCCGUGCCACGCCCCGUCAAUCCGAUGUCAUGAUUGUCGCUGGCACUUUGACCAACAAGAUGGCUCCUGCUCUCCGUAAAGUUUACGAUCAGAUGCCUGAGCCACGUUGGGUGAUUUCCAUGGGCAGUUGUGCCAACGGUGGUGGCUACUACCACUACUCGUACUCUGUUGUCCGUGGCUGUGAUCGUAUUGUCCCUGUGGAUGUGUACGUGCCUGGCUGCCCUCCCACCGCUGAGGCGCUGCUAUACGGUAUCUUCCAGUUGCAAAAGAAGAUGAGAAGAACCAAGAUCACCCGUCUCUGGUACAGAAAGUAGACUGUUUCUAUGAUAUAUACACACGCACACUACGCACCACGCACACACACAACAACAACCUAUUACACGAUAUUGCAACAACAUACACCUCUCGCAAUCCCAAGACGUUUGUAAACAAAAUAAAUAAAAAUAAAAGUUAUUUUUGGCGCCAAAGUCAGAUGGGAAUGUACAGUACACAACAGCACAUAUGUAUACAUCAGCAUAGCACACCUAAAAACAUAUUCGCGAUAAAGAACUUUCGAUUUCGCGUUGUUGUUGUUCUUCUCUCUCCUUCUUUCUUUUCCUCUUUGCACAGCUACGCCUCUUUUUCUUAUUUGUUUGCGCUAUCCGUCACUUUUCUUUCUUCAAAGCUUUCCUACUACUACUACUACUACUACUACUACUAGCAUGUCAUCUGCUGAAGAGCCUGUAAUACCAACCUCUACUGAGGCACCGGAGCCCACUCCGACA